AUGCCGGCCUCUGCGACUCUGGUCGGCGCCGCGAUGGGCCUGGGCGUGCAGUUCUACAGUAACGCCGUGCGAAAGCUCCCUCUCAUGCGACACCCCUGGGAGCACUUGCUUGGAAUGGGCAUCGGCGCGUACGCGGCGAACCAGCUGGUGGCGUUUGAGGUCAAGGCAGCGGCAGACCUGGAGAAGCAGAUCGAGGCCGCGCGCUCCGCCCAGAAGAGGCGCUUCAUUGGCACCAUGCGGCCUGAGUGA